UUUCAACAUCCCCACUCACACCGGUUUCUCUCUCUAGAAAUUCUCUGGAGGUUGCAACCAUUUUCAACGUUGUUCAAUCGAAAAUUUGGGCGGAAUUUGUGCAAGAUAGUGACGCAUAAACGUAAAUUUGUUAUGAUUAUUGAUGAGUUGUAUUGAGCUGAUUUUGAAAAUCAGAAGAAAUGCCAUUCAGUAGAUAUCAGAUUAGAAAUGAGUACAGUUUGGCUGAUCCAGAGCUGUACAAAGCAGCUGAUAAAGAUGACCCUGAAGCUUUGCUUGAAGGUGUUGCCAUGGCCGGUCUCGUGGGCGUUCUACGUCAGCUAGGCGACCUAGCGGAGUUUGCGGCAGAGAUAUUUCAUGAUUUGCAUGAAGAAGUGAUGGUAACUGCGACUAGGGGCCAUGGUCUACUGGUACGUGUUCAACAGCUUGAGUCGGAUUUCCCUUCAAUUGAAAGGGCAUUUCUGUCUCAAACAGGCCAUUCAGCAUUCUUCUCCAGUUCAGGUGUGGGUUGGCAUCCUAAUCUGCGAACGGAGCAGAAUCUCAUCACCAGGGGAGAUUUACCUCGGUUUGUCAUGGAUUCUUAUGAAGAAUGUCGUGCUCCACCUCGGUUGUUUCUUCUAGACAAGUUUGAUAUUGCUGGUGCUGGUGCAUGCUUAAAACGUUAUACUGAUCCAUCAUUUUAUAAAGUGGAAGCAUCAUCAUAUGAAAUGAUGAGUGCAGAAGCUCAAAGGGACAAAAAAACCCGUAAGACAAAGAAGAAAGGAUCACAAUGGAAAAACGGAAAUACUCCCGAGGUUUUUCAGCCGUCACAUGUCAAACUCCAUCAAUUACUCCUUGAGGAGCGCAUUCAGAAUGGCGCAUGUGAACCUGCACGUCGUGUGAAAUUGAAGAAAAGAAAAAGCAAAUUUCCAUUUGACAUGGAGAAUGGAAAAGGGUACAUGGAGAAGUUGUUAAGUUCUCCACCGGAGGAUAAACUCGUCCAUGAGGUACCUCUAAGGUCGCAUACCGAUAGUUCUGGUGAACCGGGGCUUGAAACAUUUGAGAUUAGCAUGGUUGACCCGCCCUUAGGUUUGACCACCCAAAAUAGAAGUCCAUAUGAAUCUCAAAGUGUGGAUAAGAUGGUCUCUAGGGAGCACAUGGAUGACGUGCCAGAAAAUAUAACUGAAAGGUUGGUUUUGGAGAUGCCAACUUCGAGUAUCAGAUUCCAAGUGGGUGGGGCCCACUCUGAACUGGAGGACGAGGAGGUAGAAGAGAAACACAUAUCUAAUAAUGGUAUUGGAGAUGGUUACGAAUCCGAUGUUGCAAGUGAGGCAGACGAUUAUGAGGAUGCUCUUGCUACCAUGGAAUCAGAAAUUGAAACAGAUGCUGAACUUAGAGCGAACUCCAAUCCCUCCAAUCCAAGCAUAAAGCAGGAAAUGUCUUCGGAUGCAAAUGUAGAACAGCUUCAAUCACAAUCUUCAGGUUCCCAAUCUGCUUCAGAUGACGAAAGUAGCCCAAUUAGGAAGAAAAUAACAAGUUUUUCGUAUUCUGAUGAUACUACAACCACUUCAAUUGACUCUAGUCAAGCCUUUGCAUGUAUCGAAAUUCCAUUUCGCCCACGAGUUUCAGCAACCGAUGCAGCCUUGCCUGUGGAUCAAGAAGCAAAUUUCGAAAAAAGUACUAAAGAUUCAGAUUUUAGUGAAAUGCCGUCUAAUAAUCGUGUAGAUGUUAAUAGUCCCAAGAAAACCGAAGAAUUUCCAAUUGAUCCAGAAGCCAUCGUCGCCUCUACAUCUGAGCCUUGCGAGCAAGAUAAGGAUGAUAGUAAUUCCAAUUCUACCCUCGUGAUUCCACAUGCAGAAGAGCAGCCUUUUGGUCCCUUUUUGGUAGAACUCGACAUAUGUGAUGCAGAUAUGAAGCCUAAUGAAGCAAAAAUCAAUGGUGAUACUAAGGCAGCUGAAGAACAGUUAACAGAUGCUCUUAUUGAGUGUAAAUCUGAUUCAUUAGAAGCCGGGGUUUCAUAUUCUGGUGAAGACGAAACAGAAUUCAAGGAUAGAAAAACGGUAUCAGUUGAAUCGGAAAGUAAAGUUGCAACUUCUGCUGCCUUUGAUCCUGCUGAUUAUAGCAAUGGAGAUGAUAAUCUUUCUAAUCCUGAGGAGAAAACAGAAUUGAAGGAUCGAGAACCUGAAUCGGUUACUUCAGAAACUAAAGAUGUUGAUAGUAAUGAAAGUGAGGAUCUUUCUACUUGUGAAAACUUGGAAUUGGAUGGAAAAGAAGUAGAAUUCAUCAACUCAGAAGCUGAAGCUGAAGCUGUGACUUUUGCUGUCGAAAAGAAUGAAGAAAAUGGUCUUUCUACUGCUGAGUUGGGGAUCAAUGAGUCAGGGGUCGUUCAGACUUCCAAUGAAUCUAUUGAGAAGAAGGAACUGAGUGAGAUAUCGGUUAUUUCUCCGGAGUUGGACUCCUUUCCUUCUUAUGAUGACUCAAAUAUUCAAUUUCAUUAUGGCAUUCAUAGCUCAUCUUCGGCUACUUUCAGUGAAUUGAAUGAAAAUGAUGUUUAUAACCCAUCCACAAAGAAGGAAUCGACUGAAUCUGGUGAAGAGGAAUCGAGUGAGCAACCAGUUAUUUCUGUCGAAAAGAAUGAAGAAAAUGGUCUUUCUACUGCUGAGUUGGUGAUCAAUGAGUCAGGGGUCGUUCAGACUUCCAAUGAAUCUGUUGAGAAGAAGGAACUGAGUGAGAUAUCGGUUAUUUCUCCGGAGUUGGACUCCUUUCCUUCUUAUGAUCACUCAAAUAUUCAAUUUCAUUAUGGCAUUCAUAGCUCAUCUUCGGCUACUUUCAGUGAAUUGAAUGAAAAUGAUGUUUAUAACCCAUCCACAAAGAAGGAAUCGACUGAAUCUGGUGAAGAGGAAUCGAGUGAGCAACCAGUUAUUUCUCCAGAGUUGAAUUCCGUUCUUUCUGCAUCUUAUGAUCACACUAACAUACAAGAUCUUGAUAGUAUUCCCACAUCAUCCCUGGCUAUCUCUGGAGAUGUGAAUGAGAAUGAUGUCGUUGACCCAUCUGCAAAUUUAAAAAUCUUGCAGGAUGAAACCCUUUUUGUUACUGAAAAAAUUGAUCAAAAUGGACCGCAGACAGAUGUUUCACCAGAUUUGGACCUUCAACCUGGCGACCAUGAACUUAUCGAUCAAUCAAACGCCCAGUUUCUUGAAAGUGCUUCUAAUUCUCCUGUAUUGAAAUCCUUCGAACAACAUGUAGAAUCUGAAUCUCUGAACCAAGUUGAUCACAUUGAGAAGCUUGAAAAUGCAUCGUCUAUCUUGACCGACUCAGUUUUUGUGGAAGAAAAGGUUGACCAACCUCAUAUGCCAUCAUUUCUUCAUUUGGAAAGUGUAGAUUCUCAGGAAAACGUAGAUCAUGGAACACCUUUUGAUGCCCAUUCUGAGCCUAACCUGGUGAACCAUGAAAGCUAUUGUUCAGAAAAGGUCAAGGAGUUUCAAGAUCCUGUAGAAUCUACAACUUCAGUUAUAGAAACUAGUGAGUCUUUAGUACCUGUUUCUGAAGAACCAUCCGUCCUAAACUUACCACAAUCGAGCAGCCAUAUCAACCUUUCUGAUCAGAUCGAAUAUCCCUCAGCUCCAGUGUUUUCGGGUUAUAACAUGCUUCCCCAAUUAGCUCCAAUCAAUCUCGAGGAGAUGCCGCCAUUGCCGCCUCUUCCACCUAUGCAAUGGAGAAUGGGAAAACCGCAGAAUGCUUCCUUGAUAUCAAAACCAGAUAGUGGUCAACAUGAAAUCAACCCCUUCCCAUCAAAUUUUCCCCAAAUUGAGAGUCAUCCAUCACUAGAUCCGGACAAAAAAGCAGCAAAUGAGAAAGCUGAAUAUGAAGCAUUACCAACUGAGUCAAGUUCACACACGGAGGAAGAUGGCAACUCAAUUGUAUCAUCAGAAGUGAAAAUUUCAGAACAAGUCCCACAACCACCAUCUAAUGGUGACCGAUCUCAAAAUGUUUCAACUUCUGGACGAGAAAUCUGUUGGCCAUCAACUGGAUCUUCACUUCCUCCAGCUGAUGAUGGAAGACCCAACGGUAUCCGGCCAAUGAAAGUUCAGCGAUCUCGUACUCCCCUCAUCGAUGCAGUUGCAGCUCAUGACAAAAGCAAGUUGAGAAAGGUCUCAGAACGGGCGAUGCCUCUGAUCCCGAAGGAAGAGGAAAAAGACACUUUACUGGAACAGAUACGGGCCAAGUCGUUCAACUUGAAACCGGCAGUCCAGACUAGGCCUAGCAUUCAGGGUCCGACAACCAAUUUGAGGGUAGCUGCCAUUUUAGAGAAAGCAAAUGCGAUUCGACAAGCAUUUGCUGGAAGUGAUGAUGAUGAUGACGAUGAAGAUGGGGAUGAUGGUUGGAGUGAUUCAUGAAAACAUCAAAUUGAUGUCAAAGAUUCACAACUUUUGUACCCCUGGAAUUGUAUGAAUAGGAAGUUACAUACAACAAUAAGCUGUAUCAUAUAAUAUCAUCAACAUAUUUUUGUAUAGAUUUCUUGCUCUUUUUUUCUUUCUGGUACUACGAUUUUACUGGUUUGUCCUUCCCAUGAUUAUGAAUGUAAGUUGGGCUAUAUACAA